GCAGGUUUUGCAGCCACUGCACAUGGGGCUGGGGCCGGGACCAGACAGGGGCAGAAGCCGGGGUUUCGGGGUGCAGCCAGCACUGAGAGACCUGAGAAGAAAACAGAAUGACGGUGCGGAGGAGUUCUGGCCGUCAGAGGCUCCCGUAGCACUUCAGAGCCAGGCUGGCUCCCUCAAGCCCUGCCCAGCUCCCCGCCCACCCGGAAAUAGCUUCGCCCCACCCCGCAUGGAGCUCCUCCCAGCGGCGGCCGAACCCAAGACACCUCUAGCUUUCCGAAGCACGCUUUCCCGAUGGCCCGCUACGAAGAGUUGGAAAGAUCCAAAUAAUGACUUCAGGAAAAAGUUGAAAUUAACUGCAGUGCCUACACUACUUAAAUAUGGAACACCUCAAAAACUGGUAGAAUCUGAGUGUCUUCAGGCCAACCUCGUGGAGAUGUUGUUCUCUGAAGAUUAAGAUUUGAUGAUGGCAAUUGUGUCUUUACUUCCUGAUUUGCUCUAGUAUAAAAGAAUGUGCAUACUUGCUUUGAAUUCAUGUUAGCAAUAAGUAAAUAAAUAAAUGAUGAUGUAAAAAAAUUGGUACAUGUCUAAACAAUAGAGAGUGCUAUUAAAAUGCUCAUGAACCCUCAA